AUGCUUCCCUACGUGAUUGCCACCCUGGGCUCGGCAGGGGCCACCUGCAAAGCCUCCACAUGCAACAACAGCACCAAGGACUACUGCUACAGUGCCCGCAUCCGCAGCACUGUGCUGCAGGGGCUGCCCUUCGGUGGGGUACCCACUGUCCUAGCCCUCGACUUUAUGUGCUUUCUCGCGCUGCUGUUUGUCUUUUCAAUUUUGCGUAAAGUUGCUUGGGACUACGGACGCCUGGCCCUGGUGACUGAUGCUGACAGGCGCCGACGCUGGCAGACGGAGCGAGAGGAGCGGGAAUAUGUAGCCUCUGCCCUGCACUCCGACAACCAUGACCGCUACGAGCGCCUCACCUCUGUCUCCAGCUCUGUGGACUUCGACCAGAGGGACAAUGGUUUCUGCUCCUGGCUGACAGCCAUCUUCAGGAUAAAGGAUGACGAGAUCCGGGACAAGUGUGGGGGUGAUGCGGUGCACUACCUCUCCUUCCAGAGGCACAUCAUCGGGCUGCUGGUGGCCGUGGGUGUGCUCUCCGUGGGCAUCGUGUUACCUGUCAACUUCUCAGGGGACCUGCUAGAAAACAACGCCUACAGCUUUGGGAGGACAACUAUUGCUAAUCUGAAUUCUGGGAAUAACCUGCUGUGGCUGCACACAUCUUUCGCCUUCCUGUACCUGCUGCUGACAGUGUACAGCAUGCGCCGGCACACCUCCAAGAUGCGCUACAAAGAAGAUGACUUGGUUAAGCGAACUCUCUUCAUCAAUGGGAUCUCAAAAUAUGCUGAGCCAGAGAAGAUCAAGAAGCAUUUUGAGGAGGCUUAUGCCAACUGCACCGUCCUGGAGGCUCGUCCCUGCUAUGAUGUGGCCCGGCUGAUGUUCCUUGACGCGGAGAGGAAGAAAGCUGAGCGUGGGCGAAUCUACUUCACCAACCUGCAGAGCAAGGAGAACACUCCAUCCAUGAUCAACCCCAAGCCCUGUGGCCACCUGUGCUGCUGUGUCAUCAGGGGCUGCGAGGAGGUGGAGGCCAUCGAGUACUAUACCAAGCUGGAGGAGAAGCUCAAAGAUGACUACAAGCGGGAGAAGGAGAAGGUGAACGAAAAGCCUUUGGGGAUGGCCUUUGUCACUUUCCACAAUGAGACCAUCACAGCCAUAAUCCUCAAAGAUUUCAACGCUUGUAAGUGCCAGGGCUGUGCAUGCCAUGGGGAGCCCAGGGCCUCCUCCUGCAGUGAGUCUCUCCAUGUCUCCAACUGGACCGUCAGCUAUGCCCCUGACCCACAGAACAUCUACUGGGAACACCUCUCCAUCCGGGGCUUCAUCUGGUGGAUCCGCUGCCUCGUGAUCAAUGUGGUCCUCUUCAUCCUCCUCUUCUUCCUCACCACCCCUGCUAUCAUCAUCACCACUAUGGACAAGUUCAACGUCACCAAGCCUGUGGAGUACCUCAAUAACCCUAUCAUCACCCAGUUCUUCCCUACCCUGCUGCUGUGGUGCUUCUCUGCUCUGCUGCCCACCAUCGUGUAUUACUCUGCCUUCUUUGAAGCGCACUGGACCAGGUCUGGAGAGAACAGGACGACCAUGCACAAAUGUUACACCUUCCUCAUCUUCAUGGUCUUGCUGCUGCCAUCGCUGGGCCUGAGCAGCUUGGAUGUGUUUUUCCGCUGGUUGUUUGACAAAAAAUUCCUCGCCGAAGCUGCUGUGCGAUUUGAGUGUGUGUUCCUGCCAGACAACGGGGCCUUCUUUGUCAACUAUGUCAUCGCCUCUGCCUUCAUCGGGAACGCCAUGGACCUGCUGCGCAUCCCCGGCUUGCUCAUGUACAUGAUACGCCUCUGCCUGGCCCGCUCGGCCGCCGAACGGAGGAAUGUCAAACGACACCAGGCCUACGAGUUCCAGUUUGGGGCUGCUUACGCCUGGAUGAUGUGUGUCUUCACUGUGGUCAUGACAUACAGCAUCACCUGCCCCAUCAUCGUCCCUUUUGGGCUCAUGUACAUGCUGCUUAAGCACCUGGUGGACCGAUACAACCUGUAUUAUGCUUAUCUGCCUGCCAAGCUGGACAAGAAGAUCCAUUCAGGGGCUGUGAACCAGGUGGUGGCAGCCCCCAUCCUCUGUCUCUUCUGGCUUCUCUUCUUUUCCACCAUGCGCACAGGGUUCCUGGCCCCCACUUCCAUGUUCACCUUUGUGGUCCUCGUGAUCACCAUUGUGAUCUGCCUGUGUCACGUCUGCUUUGGGCACUUCAAAUACCUCAGCGCUCACAACUACAAGAUUGACCAUACAGAGGUGGACACCACAGAAAACAGGCAGAACGGGAGACCUGCCACCAGUCUGCCGGCACCCAAAUCAGCUAAGUACAUCGCCCAAGUGCUGCAGGACUCCUCGCCGGAGGGCGAAGCAACAGAGUCGGAGGAGCAGGGGUCGCAGGACGAGGAGCUCAUCAAUGCGGAUGGCAUGAAUGACACAGAUUUCCAGUCGUGUGAGGACAGCCUGAUAGAGAACGAGAUCCACCAGUAG